AAAAGUUCCUCCAGAGCCUGGCGCCUUCGUUCACGUGGCAGACCAGAAAGGGGAGCAUUCCCGCUUCCGUGCCGCUCUCGAAACGGCAAUCAGUAUUCUCCCAAACGAUUUUUGCAGAGAAAUAAAAGAGUCUCACACUCACUUCAAAAGUUCCUAGUGUCUCACACUCAACCUUUCGACCUCUCUUUUUCUUUUUGCUUUGCUCUUUUUUUGAUAUGUGAAUAUUCGAAUCCUUUUUUGCUUCUCUUUUGGAGUUUGGAUCAACUUUGUUCUUCAUUCUACGCCGUGAUUCGUUUUUGUUACCAAAAGGAAAAGAAAAGAAUAGAAUAUAGAAAGCAAAGAUGCUACACUCAUCAUUUUUAUCCGAAUCAAGUUCUACCAAGUUUGCUUUGUUCACUUCCGUAGUUUCCACAAAUGCAAGCCCUUCUUCCACUGGAAAUUCUUCUCUUCUUCAAAUGGGAUUGAAAUGGAGUAGAAACGCAUCGAGUAGCAGCGGCGGGCAAGGACGUUCAAGUAAGGCAAGGGGCCGUGUCAAGCGUAGGACUACUAAAGCAUAUGGGCGUCAGGCACGAGAACGUGUGCUUGAGGAAGAAGCCCCUGAAAUGUCAGAAACCAUCCCAUCAUUGAAAAUCUUCCCAGGUCAGGCAUUUCCAUUCGGUGUAUCAGAAGUUGAUAACGGGAUCAAUUUUGCUAUUUUUUCACAGCAUGCAAAUGCAGUUACACUUUGCUUAUCACUUCCCCAGAGGGGAGAGCUUGACAGGCUGGCUGGUAGCAUGAUUGAGUUUUCCUUGGACCCUCGUGUCAACAAAACUGGAGACAUUUGGCACAUAUGCAUUGAGGAUUUGCCGCGGAGCAAUGUCCUCUACGGUUAUCGCAUGGAUGGUCCCAAGGAUUGGGACAAAGGGCAUCGAUUUGACAGCAGCAAUGUGCUUAUAGAUCCUUAUGCAAAGCUAGUAGAAGGUCGUCGACAUUUUGGAGAUCCAAAGCAUAAAUUAUCAAAAUUUCUUGGAACUUACGAUUUUGAUAGCUUGCCUUUUGAUUGGGGAGACAACUACACUCUCCCAAACAUACCUGAGAAAGAUCUUGUUAUGUAUGAAAUGAAUGUUCGUGCAUUUACAGCUGAUGAAUCUAGCCGCUUGGAUCCAAAUCUACGUGGAACCUAUGCUGGUCUGAUUGAGAAGAUCCCACAUCUUCUAGAACUUGGAAUCAAUGCAGUGGAGUUGCUGCCUAUCUUUGAGUUUGACGAGUUUGAGUUUCAGAGACGCCCCAAUCCCAGAGAUCACAUGAUCAAUACAUGGGGUUACUCAACAAUAAAUUUCUUUGCUCCUAUGAGUCGUUAUACUAGUGGUGGUGGAGGAGCUGUUAGUGCUUCUUGGGAGUUCAAAGAAAUGGUUAAAGCCUUCCAUGGGGCUGGAAUUGAGGUCAUCUUGGAUGUCGUCUACAAUCACACCAAUGAAGCUGAUGACGAACAUCCUUAUACCACUUCAUUUCGUGGCAUAGACAAUAAGGUUUAUUACAUGGUGGACUUAAACAACAAAGGCCAACUGCUAAACUUCUCUGGCUGUGGGAAUACAUUAAACUGCAAUCAUCCUGUUGUCAUGGAACUCAUACUUGACAGCUUAAAACACUGGGUUGUCGAAUAUCACAUAGAUGGAUUCCGAUUUGACCUUGCUAGUGUGCUUUGUCGAGGAACAGAUGGUUCUCCGCUAAAUGCUCCUCCACUUAUUAGGGCAAUUGCCAAAGAUGCUAUCCUAUCAAGGUGCAAAAUUAUUGCUGAACCUUGGGAUUGUGGAGGACUCUAUCUUGUUGGCAGUUUUCCUAAUUGGGACAGGUGGGCUGAGUGGAAUGGAAAGUACCGUGAUGAUUUAAGAAGAUUUAUAAAGGGUGAUCCUGGUAUGAAAGGAGCAUUUGCAACUCGUGUCGCUGGAUCUGCUGACCUCUACAGGAUAAACAAACGCAAGCCUUAUCAUAGCAUUAAUUUUGUCAUUGCACAUGAUGGGUUCACUCUCUACGAUCUUGUUUCAUACAAUUUAAAGCACAAUGAAGCCAAUGGAGAAGGUGGAAAUGAUGGAAGUAAUGACAAUUUUAGCUGGAAUUGUGGCUUCGAAGGAGAAACUGACAAUGCUGAUAUUAAAGCCUUGCGCUUCCGGCAAAUGAAAAACUUUCAUUUGGCACUGAUGAUAUCACAGGGAACACCAUUGAUGCUAAUGGGUGAUGAAUAUGGGCAUACACGAUAUGGGAAUAACAACAGUUAUGGGCAUGAUACUGCUAUUAAUAAUUUCCAAUGGCAGCAGGUAAGUUUUUAUCAGAUUUUUGACAACUUUAAUCCAUAUAGUAAUUUGUUGAUGAUAUUCUUUCUGUUAAAACAGUUAGAUGCAAGGAAGAGUGAUCACUUUAGGUUUUUCUCAGAGGUGAUAAAAUUUCGGCGAACACAUCAAGUAUUUCGUCAUGAAAAUUUUCUCAGCAAAGGUGAUGUGACAUGGCAUGAAGAUAACUGGGACAAUCCUGACAGCAAAUUCCUUGCAUUUACACUUCAUGACAACAGUGGUGGAGAUAUCUAUCUGGCAUUCAAUGCUCAUGACUAUUGUGUUAAAGUUUCUAUCCCUCCACCACCACAAAGGAGGCAGUGGUGCCGUGUGGUGGACACCAAUCUUGCCUCUGCUAAUGACUUUGUCUGUGAAGGAGUCCCUGGAAUCGGGAGCACCUACGACGUGGCCCCAUACUCUUCCAUUCUUCUUGAAGCCAAACUAUGAGCUGACCACAGCAAGCUGAUCAAAGAGAUCAUAGUUUUAAUCAGAGACGGAUCUACAAUGGGGGCAGUGAUGCCAUGAAAGAGAUGGUCGUAUCUGUUAUAUGUGUACCCGAGGCUUGCUCUUCUUCUUAUAUAAUGUGAAACAAAUUAUGUUUACAAUUAGCAUUGUGCAAAGCGCAACAAACAUAGUUGAAAACUACAAUAAAACCCACAUUUUGUGACUAAACCCAACCUAAAAGCUGUGGAAACAUCAGGGUGUGGAUUUGAUUAGUGAGAAUGCAAAUGUUUUUCUUGUCCCAUUUUUCAAUUUAGAUGUAUCCGCCACAACUUAAAAGGACUAUAUUGAACAAGAAUAACUUGUAACGUACAGCUGUAUUUGUGUCAAUGACUGCAGAUUUCAGGCCUCA